GAAGUCAUGUGCUGCAUGUUUCUGCUGUUUGUCUGUAACUCCGGCUGUGCUCCGCUAUUGUUGCUCUUGUCGUACUGCGUGCUAGUCCUGUGCUUGUUAUUGUUAUAACAGGAUCCUGUUCGUGUGUGCACGGUAUCUGAUCGCGAAAGGGUGUGUGUGUUUUGUGUGUAUCGCGAGAAAUGGAUGUAAAUAAAGGACAGAAGGAUACUGAAGGUUCCAAGACUGAGCUGCAUAUGGAUAACGAGGAGCUGUGUGAAGCUCUCGCCGUUCUGAGUGGCAGUGAUCCAGAUCAUUGUUCAUAUCAGGAGGGAUAUAUGAAGAGACAGGCUGUGUUUGCAUGCAACACUUGCACAGGUGAGGGUAUGGAGCCAGCUGGAGUCUGCCUCGCCUGUGCCAACGCCUGUCACGAUGGCCAUCACAUCUAUGAACUGUACACGAAAAGGAACUUUCGCUGCGAUUGUGGGAAUGGCAAGUUCGGCUCGUUUAAAUGCACACUGAUUCCUGACAAAGAGGAACAGAACCCAAAGAAUGUUUAUAAUCACAAUUUCUUCGGCCGUUACUGCUCCUGUGACAGACCCUACCCUGAUGAGAAUGAUAAGGUCGGUGAAGCAAUGAUUCAGUGUAUUCUCUGUGAAGACUGGUACCAUUCAAGGCAUCUGGGUUGUGCAGUUGUGGACUCUGAGGAGUUACUGGAGAUGGUGUGCGAGAGUUGUAUGAACAGAGCGCCCUUUCUUUGGACCUAUUCUGCCUAUUUUGCAUUUCCUCCAGUAACCAAAGAGAAUCAGACAGAUGAGGAGGAAUCUGUGCUGGGAAAUACUGAAGAGAAGGAUGCAGAUUUGCCGUCAUGCAGUAAUGGCCAUGAUGAGCCCACCACAAGCGAAGACUCUCAAAAUGAAGCAAGGCUCACUAGUAAUGGGAUUAAAGCUGUAAACCAUAAAAGGACGCAUGAGGAGAUGGAGAGGUGUUCUAUGAAGUGCCAGUUUGAAAGUGCACCAUGCAAAUUGAAGGAGUUAAAUGCCAAAGGCUCUGUGAGGCCAAGGGUGGGGGCAGUGUUCUGGCCAUACGACUGGAGGGCCAAGCUUUGCACUUGCACAGACUGCAAGAGAUCGUAUGUGGAGGCUGGCGUUCAGUUCCUGAUGGAUGAGUCAGACACCAUGCUCGCGUAUGAGAAUAAGGGUGAGGUAUUACUGGAGGAAGACCUGCUCAUGUCCUGCCUCGGUUCCCUGGACCGUGUUCAGCAACUGGAGAUCAUUUACCAGUACAAUGAGAUGAAAACAGAGCUACGCGAGUUCCUUCAGCAGUUUGCUGCCCAGGGAAAGGACGUGACCCCUGAGGCCAUCCACGUGUUUUUUGAAGAGCUUCAAUCAAGAAAAAGGAGACGGGUCAGUGUGGGGCAGUAUUACUGCAGCUGAUCUGAUGUGGAUGCCCAUUUGUUGCAUUCCCGUUUUUUUUUCCCUUUUAAACAUAAUUGUGUAAAAACAAACACCCACAGAAAGACUACUGUCUAAGGAAAGGCUAUUGCAAAUAAAUUCAAAGCUGCUAGUGUGUAUUUGCACACCUUACCCUUUCUAAUGUGUGUGUGGAGUCGACAUGAACCUAUGUCCAUGCCAAGACUUUUUGAGGUGGUCAAUAAGAUUGGACUAACUAUGAUGGACUGGAGAGCUGGCUGAGGUCCAGAAGCUAUAGAUGUUUCAACAUUCAGAUUGUUGCCAUUAAAUCAUCUUACUAUCAAUUACA